AUGAGGUCUCAGAGCUCGACAGACGAGAACCUGCUGCCCUUGACGCCUGAGCAGCUGGCAGCUUUCCAGGAUAUCUUCAAACUGCUCAGCUCCAGUCCAGCAGGCACUGUGGACAUGCGUAGCAUGAAAGCUACCCUGAGCCAAGUGAACAUCCAACUAAGCCCACAGGAGAUGUGUGAGGCUCUCCGGCAGGCAGAUUUGGAUGGUGACGGCACUGUGAAUUUCAAGGACUUCCUGGGUGUCCUCACUGACAAUCACCGCUUCGCUCAAUGCUUGGGACGAGUGAGAAAUAGUCGGCUGUUUGACCCCCAGGGCCUGCAGACCCUGUUAUUUGAGAUACUGCUCAAGCUGCUGAGCCAGGGCGCUGUGCCCUCCAAGUCAGUUCAGGAGGUGAUGAGCUACUACUCCAAGAAGCAACGGGGUCUGAAGCUGAACCCAAGCUACAGGGGGCAACCCCGCAGCCGCCCCCCGCAUGUCCGCACUGGCAUCUUUUUCUACUGCCAGGCCGCGCGCAUCACUGGCCUCUCCACUGCUCAGCUCGCACGCUCGCUGCACAAACUGCACAAAGCGGGUGCGCGCAGCCCCUACUCUCAGAUGCCGAACCUGACCCUGCGGACGAGAUCAGAACGCAAGACCAGGAACAAAGCGCCGCGCCCCGAGUUCCCACUUCCACAACCCUACCAGCCCAGCCGCCCUAAGGGCCGAGUCAUCCUGGGGCCGAUCAGCCUAAGGUUCUCGGAGCAGCCACUAGAAUGUUGGCGCUCCUUGAAGCUGCCUCCCUCUCCGCCAACUCUGGUGCAGAAGCAGCCCUUCUCCCCUCCGCCGGCUUCUUUGCAGAGGCCCACGGUCUCCCCAUCCCGCACCCCGCCCCCGCCUGCAAAGUCCAUCGGGAAUAGCGGCUACAGCGAAAGGUCGGAGGUGACUUGCAGGGGAGGGCACGGAGGGCGCCGGCGUGCACUACGACGGCCUGUGUCCGAGCGGAUGUACGGCUGGUUCCGCAGAUCUAGCAAUUGA